AUGGUGAAACGUAAGAGCUCGGAGGGCCCAGAGCAGGAGAGGCACCGGGGGGUUCCGCUACCCAUCCAGAUUUUCCUCUGGAGACAAACCAGUGCAUUUUUGAGACCUAAACUGGGCAAGCAAUAUGAAGCCUCUUGUGUGUCUUUUGAAAGAGUAUUGGUUGAGAAUAAAUUACAUGGCCUCUCUCCUGCCCUUUCUGAAGCCAUCCAAAGCAUAUCCCGCUGGGAGCUGGUGCAGGCUGCACUACCGCAUGUUUUGCACUGCACAGCAACUCUUCUUUCCAACAGGAACAAGCUAGGGCACCAGGAUAAACUCGGAGUUGCAGAAACCAAAUUGCUUCAUACUCUUCACUGGAUGCUACUUGAAGCACCACAAGACUGCUCUAAUGAUAGGUUUUGUGGAGACAGAAGCUCUGGCUGGGGAGGAGGAAGUGAUGCUUUUAUUAAUCAAGACAACCAAGGAUCCCCAGCACACUCUAGGCAAAGCAACGCUAAUGAGGAGGAUGAGAAAAUUCGAAAUAAGUUCCUGCAGAAUUCCAUGGCAACAGUGGAACUUUUUGUUUUUCUAUUUGCUCCUCUGGUCCAUAGAAUUAAGGAAUCGGACCUGACCUUCCGUUUGGCCAGUGGCCUUGUCAUCUGGCAGUCAAUGUGGGAACAUAGACAUCCUGAAGUCCCCGCCUUUACAGCCCUGGUGAAACCCAUUCGAAAUAUCAUCACAGCAAAAAGAAGUUCUCCAUGCAACACUCAAAAUCAAACAGUGGGCUCUCCCAAACCAGACACCCAGAAUUUGACAGGUUAUGACGUUGUGUCUGAACUGGAUCAGCUAGAUUCUAUCUCUCCUCGCGCCACAGGAUCAAGUUGCCACAGAGCCAAUUCUUUUGAUGGAUGCACCUCAUCCCAAACACAGCAAGAUAAAGGGCAUCCUCCCCUUACAAGGGCAUCAAUGGUGAUCCCUCCUUGUCAGAAAUCUCGUUAUGCCACUUAUUUUGAUGUGGCAGUACUGCGAUGCCUGUUGCAACCUCACUGGGCUGAAGAGGGCACUCAGUGGUCCCUCAUGUAUUACUUGAACCGACUUAGGCACAUGCUAGAGGAGAAGCCAGAGAAAUCCUCUGAGCCAGAAGAGCCCCCUCUGCCCCGGCCUCGCAGUAGCUCCAUGGUGGCUGCAGCACCCUCCCUGGUGAACACACACAAAACCCAGGAUCUUACAACAAAGUGUAAUGAAGAGGAUAGGUCUGAGCCCUAUGCCAAGAUCUCCUUGACCAACCUUAGAAGACCUGCGAUUCCAGACCUGUCUUCCGAUCUUGGGAUCAACAUCUUCAAGAAGUUUAAGAGUCGUAAAGAAGACAGGGAGCGUAAGGGAUCCAUUCCAUAUCACCACCAAGGCAAGAAGCGUCAGAGGAGGAUGGGGGUCCCGUUCCUGCUGCAUGAGGACCACUUGGAUGUCUCGCCAACACGUAGCACAUUUUCAUUCGGGAGUUUUUCUGGGAUUGGAGAGGACAGACGCACAAUAGAAAAAACAGGGUGGCAGACAACAAUACUUGGCAAAUUCACCAGGCGCGGAAGCUCUGACACAGCUACAGAGAUGGAUAGCUUGAGUGCACGACAUUCACACUCACAUCAUACCCUCCUGAGUGAACUUCCAGACCAUCCAAACAGCCAUGGCGAUAAUACAGUUAAGGAAGUGAGAUCCCAAAUAUCCACCAUAACAGUAGCCACUUUCAACACCACAUUGGCCUCUUUCAAUGUAGGCUAUGCUGAUUUUUUCACUGAGCACAUGAGAAAGCUCUGCAACCAAGUGCCCAUCCCUGAAAUGCCGCAUGAACCUCUGGCUUGUGCUAAUCUUCCUCGUAGCCUAACAGAUUCCUGUAUUAACUACAGCAGCCUGGAGGACACAGACCAUAUUGAUGGGACCAACAACUUUGUGCACAAGAAUGGUAUGCUGGAUCUCUCGGUCGUCCUAAAGGCCGUGUACCUAGUUGUGAACCAUGACAUCAGCUCUCGUAUAUGUGAUGUGGCCAUAAAUAUUGUGGACUGUCUCCUGCAGCUGGGGGUGGUCCCAUGUGUGGAGAAAAAGACAAAAAAGAGCGAGAACAAAGAGAAUGGAUCUGUCUCUAUUUCAGGAUCAGCUUCAGGCUCUGGGGAAAAAAGACCAAGUGAUGGGAACUUCCAGAUGAAAGGGUCAGCCAGGGGAUCGGCCUGUGGAUUUGGUACGGCCUCCAGUGGCGGAGCCUGUGGUGGUAGUGGAGGAGGAGGGGAUGGAGGAAGUGAUGGUGGAUAUUUUGACAAGAAUGAUAAAAAAACGGAAAAGGAUGAGAACACCCCAGUGACCACACAUAAGCUGGCACUUACCAUGCUCAUUAAACUGGUGAAAUCUCUUGGCUGUGCAUAUGGAUGCGGUGAAGGGCAUCGAGGCCUGUCUGGAGAUCGCUUAAGAAAUCAGGUAUAUUGCCAAAAUGCUCAAAACUGCCUAACUAAACUUUAUAAAUUGGACAAAGUACAAUUCCGACAAACCAUGAGAGAUUAUGUUAAUAAGGAUUCCCUCAACAAUGUUGUGGACUUUCUGCAUGCCCUCUUAGGGUUCUGCAUGGAGCCAGUUACUGACAACAGGGCUGGAUUUGGUAACAACUUUACCACCAUGGACAACAAGUCUACGGCGCAGAGUGUGGAGGGCAUCAUUGUUAGUUCCAUGUUUAAAUCCCUGAUCACUCGCUGUGCAUCAACAACCCAUGAACUUCACAGUGCAGAGAACCUGGGUCUCUACUGUGACAUUCGCCAGCUUGUACAGUUUAUUAAAGAGGCCCACGGGAAUGUGUUUCGCAGGGUAGCACUCAGUGCACUAUUGGACAGUGCAGAAAAGUUAUCGCCAGGCAAAAAAUCAGAUGAUGCAGAACAUGAGCCAAGACCUUCAGCAAGCAAAAGACGCGAAGAGGGGAGCGCUCCUGAAAAGGGCCGUGUGUCCUAUGCGCCCGAGGAGUGCCGGAGUUACAUCUCUAGCCAUCCCCCGCAGUCGCCAGAGCAUGAUGAGCAAAUUCAAGGUGCAGGACGCAAGGACUUCUGGCGCAAAAUGUUCAAAUCUCAGAGUGCAGCCAGUGACACGAGCAGCCAAUCAGAUCCAGAUACCUCAGAAUGUACAACAGCGCACUCCCACACCACUAAUGAGAGAAGAUCACGGUCCAGAUCUCGUAGGAUUUCAUUGCGCAAAAAACUCAAACUACCUUUAGGUAAUUGGUUAAAACGUUCUUCCCUCUCUGGACUGACUGAUGGAGUUGAAGAUCUUCUUGACAUAAGCUCAGUUGACCGUCUUUCAUUCAUCCGACAGAGCUCCAAGGUGAAGUUUACAAGUGCUGUAAAAUUGUCAGAAGCAGGACCAGGAACAGGACUUGACACUGGCAGAGAGGAAGAAGAAAAUUUUUUCAAGCGUCUUGGGUGUCACAGCUUUGACGACCACUUGACAUCCAACCAGGAGGCUGGGAAAAGUAAAAAUGUAGUGAAUCUUGGUGCCAUAAGACAAGGCAUGAAACGCUUCCAGUUUCUCCUAAACUGUUGUGAGCCAGGAACCAUACCUGAUGCUUCCAUUCUCGCCGCAGCCUUAGAUUUGGAAGCUCCUGUCGUGGCUAGAGCUGCUCUCUUUUUGGAGUGUGCUCGUUUUGUGCAUCGCUGUAACCGUGGCAACUGGCCAGAGUGGAUGAAAGGUCAUCAUGUGAACAUUGCAAAAAAGGGCCUAUCCCGUGGUCGCUCACCCAUUGUGGGCAACAAACGUAACCAGAAGUUGCAGUGGAAUGCAGCUAAGCUCUUUUACCAGUGGGGAGAUGUAAUAGGAGCUCGCCUUAAUGAAAUCUGUCACAGUGAGAGUGAAAGUCCAGCGAACCUGCUGGGCCUUAUCUAUGAUGAAGAAACCAAGAGAAGACUGAGAAAAGAGGAUGAGGAAGAAGACUUUUUAGAUGACAGUUCGGUAAACCCAACAAAAUGUGGCUGUCCCUUUGCACUGAAGAUGUCUGCGUGUCAGCUCCUCCUAGAGAUCACUACUUUCUUACGGGAAACGUUCCCCUGCCUACCAAGACCCCGGGCUGAGCCUCUUACGGACCUUGACACUUGCCGCUUGCGAUUGGACCCAGAAAUGGACCGUCAUAGAUAUGAAAGGAAAAUAAGUUUUGCUGGAAUCCUGGAUGAGAAUGAAGAUGCUAAGGACUCUCUACAUAGCAGCAGCCAUACUCUGAAAUCAGACACUGGAUGUGAGGAGAAGAAAGUUCCCAGCAGGAAGAUAAGAAUAGGAGGUUCUCGUCUGCUCCAGAUUAAAGGAACCCGCAGUUUCCGGGUGAAGAAAGGGGGCUCUUUGUCCAGCAUUCGCCGGGCCGGCAGCUUAAAGAGCACCAAGCUUACACGUCAGGACUCAGGGUCCGAGAAUGAGGAUAUCCAGCUGUCACAGAGCAGGGACACUGUAACUGACAUAGAAGGGAGUCCAUGGAGCACUAGUGAGCCCAGUAUUGAGCCAGAAGGAGGCAAUAUUGGCACAGAGGAGAGCUACCACCGAAACAUGUCCUGGCUACAUGUAAUGAUCUUAUUAUGCAACCAGCAAAGCUUCAUCUGCACCCAUGUAGACUACUGUCACCCUCACUGCUAUCUGCACCACAGCCGCUCUUGUGCCAGACUUGUAAGAGCCAUCAAACUUCUCUAUGGAGACACUGUGGACUCACUUAAAGAUGACCUGGGUUGUAGCUCAGGUCUUAGAGGGAAGAAAGUGAAAGAGUGCUCUGACAAAUCUUGCUUACGAACUCCAUCUCUGAAGAAGAGAGUUACAGAAGCUAAUUUAGAGGGAAAGAAGGACAGUAGUAUGCUGAAGUACAUCAGGCACCAGGUUAUGACCCUUUCCCCUGCUCCACUAUCUUUGCUUAUCAAAGCAGCCCCGAUAUUAACAGAAGACAUGUAUGGGGAUAUCCAACCAGCUGCGUGGGAAUUGCUGCUUAGUGUGGACGAGCACAUGGCAGGAGCUGCUGCCGCCAUGUUCCUGCUGUGUGCAGUGAAGGUGCCAGAUGCUGUUUCUGACAUGUUAACCUCUGAGUUCCAACAUCCAGAGGCAGGACAGAGGUUAAACGCCAUCCUCAAGUUCCACACACUCUGGAGGUUCAGAUACCAGGUUUGGCCCAGGAUGGAGGAAGGAGCCCAACAAAUCUACAAGAUCCCUCCACCAAGUAUUAAUUUCACCCUGCCUUCUCCAAUUCUGGGUAUGCCUUCUGUUCCAAUGUUUGACCCUCCCUGGGUUCCACAGAGCAGUGGAAGUGUCCAGGAUCCAAUCAAUGAGGACCAGUCUAAAUCGUUCUCUGCUCGGGCUGUGUCUCGUUCCCACCAGCGUGCUGAACACAUUCUCAAAAACCUUCAACAGGACGAGGAAAAGAAGCGUUUGGGCAGAGAGGCCAGUUUGAUCACCGCUAUCCCCGUCACUCAGGAGGCCUGCUAUGAGCCUACUUGUUCCCCUAACUCUGAGCAGGAGGAGGAAGUAGAAGAAGCCUCCAAUCUGAACUCCCGCCGCCUGUCAGUGAGCCCUUCUUGCACCUCCAGCACUUCACAUAGGAACUAUUCUUUCCGUCGUGGCUCUGUGUGGUCUAUACGAUCAGCUGUGAGUGCAGAAGACGAGGAGCAUGCCACAGAACACACAGCAAAUCAUCAUGUUUAUCAGCCACCUCAGCCAGUGUUCCCAGCAUGUAUAUGUGCUGCAGUGCUGCCCAUUGUACACCUAAUGGAGGAUGGAGAUGUUCGUGAAGAUGGUGUGGCAGUCAGUGCAGUGGCACAGCAGGUCCUCUGGAACUGCCUGAUUGAGGAUCCUUCCACUGUUCUCCGACACUUCCUAGAGAAACUCACCAUCAGCAAUCGUCAGGAUGAGUUAAUUUACAUGUUGCGAAAGCUCCUUCUGAACAUCGGAGAUUUCCCUGCUCAAACCUCACACAUUCUAUUCAACUACUUGGUUGGGUUAAUCAUGUACUUUGUUCGCACCCCUUGUGAAUGGGGUAUGGAUGCUAUUUCAGCCACAUUGACUUUUCUUUGGGAAGUUGUUGGAUAUGUUGAAGGCCUGUUCUUCAAAGAUCUGAAACAAACCAUGAAAAAAGAGCAGUGUGAGGUUAAGCUUUUGGUCACAGCAUCCAUGCCAGGCACCAAGACUCUAGUGGUGCAUGGACAAAACGAGUGUGAUAUCCCAACCCAGCUACCCGUACAUGAAGACACGCAGUUUGAGGCUUUAUUGAAGGAAUGCCUGGAAUUUUUUAAUAUAGCUGAUUCCCAGUCUGCAAAUUACUUUUUGAUGGAUAAACGCUGGAACCUAAUUCAUUAUAACAAGACCUAUGUUCGUGACAUUUAUCCUUUUCGGAGGUCGGUGUCACCUCAGCUGAACUUGGUCCACAUGCCCCCUGAAAAAGGGCAGGAGCUAAUUCAAAAACAGGUAUUUACACGGAAGCUGGAAGAAGUUGGACGAGUUCUAUUCCUAAUAUCCUUGACUCAGAAGAUCCCCACUGCCCAUAAGCAGUCUCAUGUUUCCAUGUUACAAGAAGACCUCUUGCGCCUUCCAUCAUUUCCCCGAAGUGCCAUUGAUGCAGAGUUCUCACUCUUUAAUGAUCCCCAAGCUGGAAAAGAGCUGUUUGGUCUGGAUACGCUGCAGAAGAGUCUUUGGAUUAAGCUGCUGGAGGAAAUGUUUUUGGGGAUGCCCAGUGAAUACCCCUGGGGUGAUGAGAUCAUGCUUUUCCUCAAUGUUUUUAAUGGGGCUCUGAUCCUCCAUCCUGAGGACAGUGCCCUUCUCAGGCAAUAUGCAGCUACUGUCAUUAAUACUGCUGUACACUUCAACCAUCUCUUCUCUCUCAGUGGUUACCAGUGGAUACUACCAUCCAUGCUGCAGGUCUAUGCUGACUAUGAAAGUAACCCACAACUUCGCCAAGCCAUUGAAUUUGCCUGCCGACAAUUUUAUAUACUGCACCGCAAACCUUUUGUUCUACAGCUGUUUGCCAGCGUCGCUCCUCUUCUAGACCUUCCUGAUGGUGUGAGCAGCAGCUCUUCCAGUAAGGGGGUGUCUGCCCAAUGCCUUUUUGACCUUUUGCAAUCCUUAGAAGGAGACACACCUGAUAUUUUGGAUAUUUUGGAGCUGGUAAAAGCUGAACGGCCUUUAAAAUCUUUAGAUUUCUGCUAUGGAAAUGAAGAUAUGGCCUUUUCUAUCAGUGAGUGCAUCAAGCUUUGUGUGACAGUGGUCGCAUAUGCCCCAGAGUCCUUCAGAAGUCUCCAGAUGCUGAUGGUCCUGGAAGCGCUUGUUCCUUGCUACCUUCAGAAACUGAAACGCCAAACAUCCCAACUGGAAACUGUGUCUGCUGCACGUGAGGAGAUUGCUGCCACAGCUGCCCUGGCCACCUCUUUACAGGCUCUCCUAUAUAGUGUAGAGGCUUUGACCAGGCCUAUGACUGCUCCACAGAUGAGUAGGGGGGAUCAAGGACACAAAGGAGCCACAACAGCCAAUCAUACUAUGUCUGCUGGUGUUAACCUCAGGUAUAUAGCAAAGACAUUAUUUUAUUUUUGCUUCAGGGAUAACCUUCAUCUUCUGGAAGAAGGUCAAGGACUUCAGAGGGAAGAACUGGAUGAAAGGAUUGCACGGGAAGAAUUCCGGAGGCCACGGGAGUCCCUGCUCAACAUCUGCACAGAGUUUUACAAGCACUGUGGACCUAGGUUGAAGAUCUUGCAGAACCUCGCAGGAGAGCCUAGAGUUACCUCCCUAGAGCUUCUUGAUGUCAAAUCACAUAUGAGGCUAGCAGAAAUCGCCCACUCCCUCCUUAAGCUGGCACCGUAUGACACCCAGACCAUGGAGAGCAAGGGGUUGAAGCGUUACAUCAUGGAAAUGCUGCCUAUCACUGACUGGACAGCGGAGGCAGUGCGGCCAGCACUUAUCCUUAUACUAAAGCGACUGGAUCGUAUGUUCAAUAAAAUUCACAAAAUGCCAACUUUAAGGAGACAGGUUGAGUGGGAACCUGCCAGCAAUUUGAUAGAAGGGGUUUGUUUGACACUUCAGAGGCAGCCAAUCAUAUCCUUCCUGCCUCAUCUUAGGUCAUUGAUCAAUGUGUGUGUCAACCUGGUUAUGGGUGUGGUUGGUCCUUCCAGUGUUGCUGACGGGUUACCCCUCCUCCACCUUAGCCCAUAUCUAUCCCCACCCCUGCCCUUCAGUACAGCUGUGGUGAGACUAGUGGCAUUACAGAUACAGGCUUUAAAAGAGGAUUUCCCUCUAAGUCAUGUGAUCUCCCCAUUCACCAAUCAGGAACGGAGAGAAGGAAUGCUUCUGAAUCUGCUGAUUCCUUUUGUGUUGACAGUGGGAUCAGGAAGCAAAGAUAGUCCUUGGCUGGAGCUACCUGAGGUAUUCCUGCUGCUGCAGACUGUUAUUAACAUCCUGCUGCCCCCUCGCAUUAUCAGCACUUCCCGCAGCAAGAACUUCAUGCUGGAGAGCUCACCAGCACACUGCUCCACCCCAGGUGAUGCUGGAAAAGAUUUGCGUCGAGAGGGGCUUGCUGAGUCCACCAGCCAGGCUGCUUACUUAGCCUUGAAAGUGAUCCUGGUUUGCUUUGAGAGGCAGCUAGGAAGCCAGUGGUAUCGACUGAGCCUGCAGGUUAAGGAGAUGGCUUUGCGGAAAGUGGGUGGAUUGGCCCUGUGGGACUUCUUGGACUUCAUUGUCAGGACCCGAAUCCCCAUAUUUAUUCUCUUGAGACCUUUCAUCCAAUGCAAACUGUUGGCACAGCCUGCAGAGACUCAAGAUGAACUGAGUGCUCGACAACACAUCGCAGAUCAGCUGGAGCGACGCUUUAUUCCACGUCCUCUGUGUAAAAGUUCACUUAUCAAUGAGUUUAAUAGUGAGCUGAAGAUAUUAAAGGAGGCUGUGCACAGUGGGUCAGCAUACCAAGGGAAGACCUCCAUCAGCACUGUGGGAACAUCCACAUCUGCCUACCGCUUGAGUUUGGCUACAAUGUCCCGCUCUAAUACAGGCACAGGCACAGUGUGGGAGCAGGACAGUGAACACUCCCAGCCAGCCUCACAGGACACCCUUAGUCGCACUGAUGAGGAAGAAGAAGAAAAUGACUCAGUGAGCAUGCCGAGUGUGGUAAGUGAACAGGACGCAUACCUCUUGAGUGGCAUUGGGAGAAGACGUUUCUCCAGUCAUGCUUCCAGCUUAUCCGUCCCUCAGGCUGAGGGGGGUUUGCUUCCAAGCCAAAGCGAACCUAAUGUUCUUGACGACUCCCUUGGGCGUGACGGCGAGAUCAGCCUGUCUAGGGUAGCGAGUGUGCAAAGUGAACCAGGCCAUCAGAACCUUCUGAUUCAGCAGCCCCUCGGGAGAAAAAGAGGCUUGAGGCAGCUCCGAAGACCUCUGCUGUCACGUCAGAAAACUCAAACUGAACCAAGAAGUCGACAUGGGGCAAGACUUUCAACCACUCGCAGGAGUAUACAGCCCAAGAACAAGCAGAUUGUUGAUCAGAAGCGAUCUGUAACUUUUACUGAAACUCAGCCACAACCAUCCACAUCCCACACAGAUGCUCUCCCCGUGGCUCAUCGCUCUGGCUGUAGCCCGGCACCCUCCAUCAAACAGGUUUCAUCAGAAAGUCCUGUAUUGACGUCCUCUCCGUCCAUCACUGUGGCUGACCUUCACAGUCAGAAUGAGAGCCAGGUAACACCACAUACAGAUCCGGUCAUCUCCGAUACUAUGCUGACCCACGACACACCGCCCAUUACACCUAGCCCCUCUGACCUCCAAAACCCACUUCAAUCAUUACAGUCUCAAAUCGCAAGUCUCCCCUCUAAAUCGGAUAUUGAGUCUUUAAAGAAACUUAUCAAAGACGAAAUCAAAGACCUCAAAAAAGACCUAAAUGAUAUGGGGGCUAGGAUGGAAUUUAUUGAAGAAGGCCAGGACCACCUUAACAAUUUGGUCAGCUCCAACUCACAGCAAUUAAACAUCCAUGACUCCAUGAUCCAAACCCUUAAUGAUAAGAUUAAAGACCUCGAUAAUCGAGGCAGAAGAAAUAAUCUUCGCCUCAGGGGCAUCCCUGAGGAGAUUUCACAAGACCAACUCAGAGCCUAUGUCACAGAAUUUUUCCACUCUCUUCUCCCUCAAGCUCCGGCCCUUUCACAUGACGACAUUGAGAGAGUACAUAGGGCGUUGAGGCCCCCAGCCAGACCCCCCGCUCCACCUAGGGAUGUCAUUCUCAGGUUUCUAAAAUUCACCAUUAAAGAAGAAAUCUGGCAGGCAGCAAGAACCAGGCGGUCGAUACAAUUCCGCUCCCACUCUCUACAAGUCUUUCAAGACCUAUGCCCCCAGACCAUUCAACGGAGAAGAGAGGUCCGUUACAUCACCAAAAUUCUUCAAGAAAACAAUAUCAGGUACCGUUGGGGUUUUCCAUUUAGCCUAAAUAUCUCUCACAACGGCUCCCAACUGAUCUACAAAAAUUUCAAUGAUCUGGACUAUAUAUCUAAUAAGCUGAACCUCACUUUCGAACCCCCACCAGAAAAAAUUCUGACAGUCCCAGCCGGCAACUCUCGACAAGAAGACGAAACACCCAGAGAUCAGAGAACAACUUGGUCAAUAGCUGCCUCUAAGAGACUUCAAGAUGCUCCAGUUAUGCUGCUUCGUGCGGUGUCUCCUUGCCGGGAGUCUUUCAGAGUCUUCUUACCAGUUCACUCGCCUAUUGUCUCCUCCUCUAUACUGGGUUUCUGUGGGUUUCAGGGUGAAAGAAUGGCUCUUAAAAAUCUAAAGGAUGAUCAUACAAUCAUCAUAAAUGCAGCGGACAAAGGGCGAUCAAUUGUUGUACAAAACUACUCUGAUUACAGAGAGGAGGCGUAUAGACAAUUGACUGACAGUAGGGUAUAUUGUAAACUAAGGGGAAAUCCGAUAAAUGGUUUUAAGAAGGAAUUGGAUCAUAUACUGAAAUGUGGGUUUGAGUCAGGCAUGAUCAAUGAGAAUGAGCUUGAGUUUAUGACUACACCAUUUCCAGUAACUCCGGUGUUAUACUUGUUGCCUAAAGUGCACAAGGCACUGACAAAGCCCCCUGGCAGACCAAUUGUGUCUGCCCGGGAUUCUUUGUGCUCUAAUGUGGCUAUCUUCAUAGACCAUCACCUGCAACCAGUUGUUAAGGAAUCAUACUCCUUCAUAUUAGACUCUCCAUCUCUUAUCAGGAAGUUACUUAGUUGGGAAACCUUAAAUCCAGGUGACCUACUAGUUACUAUGGAUGUUGACAGCCUGUACACCGCCAUCCCACAUGGUGGGGGGAUACAGGCUUACUCCUGUGAUAGUAGAAGUAUACCGUUUUUGGACUUAAAUAUCACAAUUUACACUGAUGAUGAGGGUUGUAAAUUUUCCACCUCAUUAUACUCAAAGCCUACUGAUAAAAAUUCCUUACUGCUGUCCACAAGCUACCAUCCGGGACAUCAAAAAAGAGGGGUUGUCUCCUCUCAGCUCACGCGAGUGGUUCGCAAUAAUACACUGCCGGAGACAAGAAGGAUUCAAGAGGAAGAAAUGGUCAAUAAACUGGAACAGCGAGGUUAUGGACGAAAAUUGAUUAAAAAGGUACAUACCGAACUGGCGCAACAAGAUCAAAAAUCACUGCUCCUGCCUCAGGGUGUGAAGAAAAAUGUGGAGGAUGUAAGUGAUAACAUCAACUUUGUAAGUACGUUCAACCCCAUAUCUAAGAUUCUGGCAGAGUUGGUAAAAAAGAACUGGGAAAUUGUGAGCUCAGACAAGACUUUACCCUUUACACGUAUGAAACCACGUAUGGUAUACAAAAGAGCACCCAAUCUAAAGGAUAUUUUGGUCCACAAUGACCCAACAAAGUGUUACGAGAAGGGGACAUGGUUGGAUGCAAAAAGGAAACUGGGAUGCUACAGGUGUGGGGACGGCGCUACGUGUAAUAGUAUGUUGACUGGGAUGUACUUCCAUCACCCACACACUGGGAGGAAGUAUAAGAUUCUACAUAGGCUGUCAUGCCUUAGUACUUACGUGAUCUAUGUAUUGAUGGGUCCGUGUUCCCUGAUGUAUGUGGGGAAAACAUCUACCACCUGUCGUGAGAGGAGGGCCAAUCAUCGCCAUGCGAUUAGGCUAGCGAUUGAGAAACAAGAGUCGGAUCAACCAGUGGCUCGACAUUUUCUCCAGGCAGGACACACAGCUGCAAGUCUAAGGACAAUACUCAUAGAUCAUAAAGGGGUCCACUUCCGGGAGAGGGAGGACUCAGUGUCGAGCAGGGCAGCAGCAGUCCCUCUUCUGCAUAGCUCCCCAUCAUCUCGGCUUUCAGAUGCUGAAGACUUUGUUGGAUUGGAAACCAGCAGUUUGCUUCAGUAUGUAGAUACUGUUCUUCACAUCACAGAGGACACUGGCACCGAAAAUCCUCUGGUCUCAGCGCACUUUGACUUUUCUCACAUUGAGUUGGGGGAGACUGAUGUUGACCUGGAUGAGUCUCAUGUGUAGCCAUGAGAUCCUUUAACUUAUAUAAUCUCUGUAACCUUACAAGGUUAUUUUAGUGUGGGAUUUAUAUGUAACUGAAAGGUUUAUCCUACUGAGAUCUAGUAUGGAUUGUACAAAAACCUAUCAUUCAAUUGCAAUUUGUAGUUUGCUUUGGAAGAUAUGUGGAUAUGCUGCUCAGUCCAAUACUUAUUGUAUCACUGGAAAUUAACUGUUUUAUUAAAGGUUAGACUCAUAUAUGAUUCAAAAAA